ACGCUGAAAUAGCCAUAGAGGGAGGGAGAGUCCUCACUGCAUAGCGUUCAUAUUGGGUUGGCCCAAUAUAGAUUAACAUUAUUUAACUUUAGCUGUCAUAUAUCACUAUAUACUGCAGUGGUCGUAUUUUAUUAUUAUUACUUAAUUUAACUUUUUUCGUAUAUCUAUUCAUGGUGCCCGCUUUUAAAAUUAUAUAAUUUAUUAGCACAAUUUUCAAAUCAACCGAUUCGUUUGCAGCCUCCGCGCUUGAUUUCGUUUAAUCUGUAAGUAGCGCCUUUUACUGGGUGAAGUCAUUGCAUAUUUGAAGUUAAUUGCCAUUAAACAGUAAACUAAGCGAUUAAGAUCAUGACCGCCGAGCAGGAGAUUAACAGGCGGCGUCUGCUGGAGCUCCUGGCGAGACCUGGUAACGGGAGCUGUGCGGAUUGCGGGGCUUCAGAUCCCACCUGGGCUUCUUUCAUCUUGGGUGUGUUCGUGUGCCAGAACUGUUCUGGCAUCCACAGGAGCAUCCCGCACGUCAGCAAGAUCAAGUCUGUGGUCAUGGACCCCUGGCAUGCCUCGGAGGUGAAGCUGAUGACCGCUUUGGGGAACAAUGCAGCCAAAGCCAAGUACGAGCAGAGAGUUCCAACGUUCUACUACAAGCCCACGUUCCUGGACUGCCAUGUCCUGCUUGAGCAGUGGGUCCGCGCCAGAUAUGAAAGGAAUGAGUUUGUUUGCGUCGACAAGCAGGAGCCGUACUCCACAGGAUACAGAGAAGGGUUUCUUUGGAAACGGGGGCGCGAUAAUGGUCAGUUCCUCAAUCGAAAGUUUAUCCUCUCCGAGCGGGAAGGAGUCCUCAAGUACUUCAACAAGCAUGAUGCAAGAGAGCCGAAGGCGAUCAUGAAGAUCCAGACCCUCAAUGCCACCUUCCAGCCGAGCAAGAUCGGAAACCCUCACGGCCUCCAGAUCACCUACCUGAAGGACAACAGCACCAGGAACAUCUUUGUCUACCACGAGGAUGGAAAGGAAAUCGUGGACUGGUUUAACGCCGUCAGAGCCGCACGCUUCCACUACUUGCAGGUGGCCUUUCCAGGGGCCAGUGAGUCUGAACUAGUGCCAAAACUGACACGGAACUACAUGAAAGAAGGUUUCAUGGAAAAAACAGGCCCAAAGCACACGGAAGGCUUCAAAAAGAGGUGGUUCACCAUGGACGACCGGCGCUUGAUGUAUUUCAAAGAUCCCCUGGACGCCUAUGCCAGAGGGGAGGUAUUCAUCGGGAGCAAGGAGAACAGCUACAGCUUGCUACCGGGCUUGCCCCCCUCCACGCAGGGCAACCGCUGGCCAUACGGCAUCACCAUCGUCACCCCGGAGAGGAACUUCCUGUUCACAUGCGAGACGGAGGCAGAGCAGAGUGACUGGAUCGCCGCCUUCCUGAUGGUCAUCAACCGGCCCAUGCUGCCGCAGGAGUACGCAGGUGAGAGUCCAGCUGCUGUGGCCCCAUCUCCCUCCACGUGGGGUCAUCCAUCACUCUCUGAGGGAACAGAGGAAGAAACAAGAAUUCCAUCUGGACCUGAGUACGUCUGGCUGAAUAUGCUGGGACGGUCUGAGUCGAUGGCAGAUGAAGAGGAUGCGGGACAGGACCGAGGCAAAAUGUGGCAUAUUCCCGCAGUGUGCUGUGAAUCGCUCCUGUCUGUGAGGAGGAUGUUGCAACUGAGGCUAUGGCCAGCAGAUGGUGUGGCAAUUAAAGAGCAAGAUAAAAGCCUAAGUGUGCUGCAGCCUGAAAUCUCAGGAGAACGUCUGGAGCCCCAGACAGGCAAGUACCCUAAAUGUGCCGGUAAACCUCGGCGAAGUAAGCAACCGUAAGCCGUACAACCUGCCUGCUGAGGCUCGUUAAUCAUGUGACGUUAGAUUAAUCACAGCUUGCACAUGAAAUAUGAUGUAUGUGAUGUGGGCCAUUUUUCACAGCAGAUUUCUGAAGACAGGAUUAAUGGGACAAGUAUGGGCUGAGGGGGAGGUGUCAGAUUUCACAGCGACAUGUGUCUCUCCCGCCAGAAAAUGAAAGGAAACACAGGCCCAACAGGCCACUCGCAGGCUGGGGGUGGGGGGCUACGAGCCCCGAUGGAUUCCUGGCAGGCCGCGCUCUGGCGUUAGCGCUGUUCGUGUGCCGGGAGUGAGGCAUUGGAGCACAGCGAAUGAGAGCCGCAGGCUCUGCAUCUUCCCCUGGGACUGCGAACAAACAACUGGAUGCUCUCUCCUUGUCGUGAUGACACACUGAUCCCGGGCCAGAUGGCUGUGUCUGUGUAAUAGGGGAAAUUGCAUAUCGAAUCUGCUGACCGAAACUGAAUGACAGGGUAGGAGACUGUGACCAUGGAGAGCGCCACACAGACCAUCGCUCUGUGAAGGAAACGGCCGUGGCGAGCAGCCGUACUGGACAGCACCGUCUGAUGGGCCGAGUUAAUGUCUCUGCACUGCCUGUGCUUCUGACCAGCAGCAAACAGGAUUUUAAUGAGGACCUGGAGUGAAGUACUAAAAAGCGCAGAGGAAAAGGAUUAUAAUAAUUCAGCUUUUAUAUAAAACACACCUGCAUUUAACAUAUAAGACGUGCAAAGGUGCUGUCACUAAUUAGCUUGCUGUCACUCUAAAUUAACACUGAAUCAACUAACAGCUGAUUCACAUGUAACAGAUGUUAAUGUGCAGUAACCACAUUUAUUAUUUCGAAGUAAUGAUUACCAAACGAGCGUCGCAUUUUGCCGAGAUACAAAUGGGUUUUAAAUUGGUUUUAUGGAUGGUGUAGCAAUCAGGAACACCUUAGCAGGGCAGAUGAAAGUAUGAAAAAAUGCAAAGCUCAUCAGUAGACUGGAGGACUAGAAGACAAAUAAAGCAUUAAAAAUUCAACAUUUGCAUGCUCAUUGCCGGCUGAUGGACCAACAAUCAGUUUGACACAAGGAACCCACUUCAAUGGGUGCUUUUCCAGAAUCAUUAUGCUGCUAUAGUCAAGGACAAGCAGCUCCUGCAGCUUCAUGUAAAAUGAUCAGAUCUUUAUGAUUAUCAGGCUUUUUCAGGCUCAAUCUUAUCUAAUGAACUGUGAGUUCAUUGUUUGUGUUUGUUUGUUUGUUUAUUUUACCAGGAAAUUCCAAAAUCUCUACAAGAGAGACCUGGCCAAGGGGGCCGUACAAACCCAGUUUACCGUUCGACAUACCAUAAUAUGCAGGUCUUUGCGAUUGACCCUCCUCUGUUAUC